CGCUGCUGCGGGCUGCCUGGAGAUCACACCGACAACCCGGGGACCGAACGAAAAAGACACGGGACUCACAGACGUCCACAACAGCAGCAGCAACCCAGCGACACCGCGACACUCCUCAUUCUCCAGCGUUUUCCCACACGGACAGGCGCGCGUAAAAGCGGAACAUGUAGCCGCGUCUGCUGCGCAUUGAUCUUGAUAUCUUUAUUUACAGUUACUGCUUCACGGUCGCUUUGAGGGGGAUCGAUUCGCGUGUAUUCCCGUGCCCUGAAUGGCAGAAGACGGCUAAGACAGCAGAGAGGUGGCCUGGCUGAGAGACGAAGCGGCGAGAGGGACAUAUUGAUAUAUUUAGCUGGUCGUAUUGUGUUUAGCGUAAUAUUAAAUAAGAGUGGAGGCUGCACGCACGUCAUACGUCUUGAUCAUGGCGUGAAAGAGCCAGUUCCUGAGCCAUGGGAAGCGUUAUUGCGGAUUUAAAUGUCUCGCUACUUUGAGGACACGCUCGUUUUUUGACGCUAGUUGACUUGUGCCGCAAAACUGUCACGAAUUUGCGCAGAAACUCGAUUCGGGUGGGUGAGAAUAGAGCAAAACAGCGAGGAUUGGGGGAUUUCUUUAGCAAUAUGGCUGGUGAGUGGGGCUGGGGACGCUGGCACAGGCUCUCCACGGCUCCUCAAUGCUAGCUGAGGCGGAUGGCACCGUCCCCCAUGGCAGCGACAGCUCUAUGAGGACAAGCAAUAUUAAUAACAAUAUCAAUCCGGACUCGUCGAUCUUAAUCUCCAAGAUGGAAGACGUGGUCAUCCCGUUCUCGUCCGAGGUGCCCUGCGACAAUAAUGGACAGCGCAUGUGGUGGGCAUUCCUCGCCUCCUCCAUGGUGACGUUCUUUGGGGGUCUCUUCAUCAUACUGCUAUGGAGGACGCUCAAGUAUUUGUGGACGGUGUGCUGUCACUGCAACAUCAAAAACAAGGAGGCGCAGAAGGUGAUCAACCCGGCCAACGCGCAGGCAGCCACGGCACCCAAGAACCCCGACGAGAAGGAGGAGGCCCCAGCGAGCGAGGUGGGCUGGAUGACCUCGGUGAAAGACUGGGCGGGCGUCAUGAUUUCGGCUCAGACGCUAACGGGCAGAGUACUGGUGGUGCUGGUGUUUGCGCUAAGCAUCGGGGCCCUCGGGAUAUACUUUAUAGACUCUUCAGACCCUAUAGAAUCCUGUCAGAACUUCUACAAAGACUUCACGUUACAGAUCGAUAUGGCCUUCAACGUCUUCUUCCUCCUAUACUUCGGCCUGCGGUUUAUAGCAGCCAACGACAAGCUCUGGUUCUGGCUCGAGGUCAACUCCGUGGUGGACUUCUUCACUGUCCCUCCCGUGUUCGUCUCCGUCUACCUAAACCGCAGCUGGCUCGGUUUGAGGUUUCUGAGAGCGCUACGGUUGAUACAGUUCUCCGAAAUCUUACAGUUUUUGAAUAUCUUGAAAACGAGCAAUUCCAUCAAGCUGGUGAACCUGUGUUCCAUCUUCAUAAGCACAUGGCUCACAGCGGCGGGCUUCAUCCACCUGGUGGAAAACUCAGGAGAUCCUUGGGAAAAUUUCCAAAAUUCCCAGUCUCUUUCCUAUUGGGAAUGUGUGUACCUGCUGAUGGUGACCAUGUCCACUGUGGGCUACGGGGAUGUCUAUGCAAAAACCACCCUGGGACGCCUCUUCAUGGUCUUCUUCAUCCUGGGCGGUUUGGCCAUGUUUGCCAGCUACGUCCCUGAAAUCAUAGAGUUAAUAGGAAACCGCAAGAAAUAUGGUGGUUCCUAUAGUGCGGUUAAUGGGAGAAAGCACAUAGUGGUCUGUGGUCAUAUCACCCUCGAAAGCGUCUCCAACUUCCUCAAAGACUUCCUACACAAGGACAGGGAUGAUGUCAAUGUAGAAAUUGUUUUUCUCCAUAAUAUUUCCCCUAAUCUUGAGCUGGAAGCCUUGUUCAAACGCCAUUUUACACAAGUCGAGUUCUACCAGGGAUCUGUCCUCAACCCCCACGAUCUGGCCCGAGUCAAGAUCGAAUCUGCCGACGCUUGCUUAAUCUUGGCAAACAAAUACUGUGCAGACCCUGAUGCUGAAGAUGCCUCCAACAUCAUGAGGGUCAUCUCAAUCAAGAACUACCAUCCGAAAAUCAGAAUAAUCACACAGAUGCUGCAGUACCACAAUAAGGCCCAUCUGCUGAACAUUCCGAGUUGGAACUGGAAGGAGGGUGACGAUGCUAUCUGCCUGGCAGAGCUCAAGGCUGGCUUCAUCGCCCAGAGCUGCCUGGCCCAGGGCCUGUCCACGAUGCUGGCCAACCUCUUCUCCAUGCGCUCCUUCAUCGAGAUCGAAGAGGACACGUGGCAGAAGUACUACCUUGAAGGAGUGGCUAAUGAGAUGUACACCGAGUAUCUGUCCAGUGCCUUUGUAGGGCUCUCCUUCCCUACUAUUUGUGAGCUGUGCUAUGUGAAGCUGAAGCUGUUACUUAUCGCUAUUGAAUACAAGUCGGAGCAGAGAGAGAGCAGAAGCCGAAAGCGCAUCCUUAUUAACCCGGGCAACCACGUGAAGAUGCAGGAGGGAACGCUAGGAUUCUUUAUCGCCAGUGACGCCAAAGAAGUAAAAAGAGCAUUUUAUUACUGCAAAGCUUGUCACGACGACAUCAGCGACCCAAAAAGGAUCAAGAAAUGCGGCUGCAAACGACCCAAAUAUAAGUAUAAUGGAUAUCUCACAUCACCAGCAGAUGGCGCUACAACACCAGGGAACAGUGGAAGUCAAAAAGAGACUGGGGUGCGAUUCAAAGCCGAUUGCAAUUUAGUAAAGGAGGAAGUUAGACCAUCUUUUCAGAACCGAUCUAUUAAAAUCUCCGGGUGCACUUUCACAAAUUCCUUGGUCCCCAACGCGCAGCACCCCAGCCAGGACGCCCUGCUCGGCCCCAGCUCUGCAGACAUCCCUCUUGUUAAUAACCGUAAAGGAAGCCUGCUCCCGGCGGGCCCCUGUGAGCCUGUGCAGCUGCGCCUCAGUAUCUCAGGGCCGGGGCCAGAGUCUGGGGCACGACUCCUGGUGGAGAGCCGGCUCAACCGCGCCCGCAGUCUGCCGGUGAAAUACCGCUACCACCCCAGUAAUGCCAUGCUGCACAACCAAAUCGAAGAUGAGCACCCGUCAACGCUGUCGCCCAAAAAAAAGCAGCGCAACGGAGGGAUGCGGAACUCGCCCAACUGCUCGCCCAAAAUGAUGAGUAGACACGACCCCCUCCUUAUUCCCGGAAACGACCAAAUCGAAAACAUGGACAUGAGCGUGAAGAGGUAUGAUUCGACGGGAAUGUUUCACUGGUGCCCGUCCAAAGACAUCGAGAAGGUCAUCCUGACGCGCAGUGAAGCCUCCAUGACAGUGCUGAGCGGCCAUGUGGUGGUCUGUAUAUUUGGAGAUGUCACGUCCGCUUUAGUGGGGCUGCGAAACCUGGUGAUGCCUUUACGUGCAAGCAACUUCCAUUACCACGAGCUCAAGCCCAUAGUUUUCGUGGGCUCGCUGGAUUAUUUGCGGAGAGAGUGGGAAACUUUACACAACUUCCCCAAGGUUUCAAUUCUACCCGGUACACCAUUAAGUCGGGCAGAUUUAAGGGCUGUCAACAUCAACCUCUGCGACAUGUGCGUUAUACUGUCAGCCAAUCAGAACAAUAUCGAAGACGCCUCACUGCAGGAUAAGGAAUGCAUCUUGGCAUCACUCAACAUCAAGUCUAUGCAGUUUGAUGACAGCAUCGGAGUCUUACAGGCUAAUUCCCAAGGUUUCACGCCUCCUGGAAUGGACAGGUCGUCUCCAGACAGCAGUCCAGUACAUGGCUUCGUCCGGCAGGCGUCUGUCACCACGGGGGCCAACAUACCCAUCAUCACAGAAUUAGUGAACGACUCAAACGUUCAGUUCCUGGACCAGGACGAUGAUGAUGACCCGGACACAGAGCUGUACCUCACUCAGCCCUUUGCCUGCGGCACGGCCUUCGCUGUCAGCGUACUGGACUCCCUCAUGAGCGCUACCUACUUUAACGACAACAUCCUGACCCUGAUCCGGACACUGGUCACGGGUGGGGCCACCCCAGAGCUGGAGGCACUGCUGGCUGAAGAGAACGCUCUGAGAGGAGGCUAUAGCACGCCGCAGACACUAGCUAACAGAGACAGGUGUCGCGUGGCCCAGCUCGCCCUCUACGACGGCCCCUUCGCAGACUUGGGGGACGGUGGCUGCUACGGAGAUCUAUUCUGCAAAGCACUGAAGACAUACAACAUGCUGUGUUUUGGCAUCUACAGGCUAAGAGACGCCCACCUCGGCACACCCAGCCAGUGCACAAAACGAUACGUGAUCACCAACCCUCCAUAUGAGUUCGAGCUGGUGCCCACAGACCUGAUCUUCUGUCUCAUGCAGUUCGACCACAACGCGGGCCAGUCACGGACAAGCUUCUCCCACUCCUCCCACUCCUCCCAUUCCUCCAGCAAGAAGAGCUCGUCUGUCCACUCCAUCCCUCCAUCCAACCGGCAGAACCGCAGCAGCAAGAGCAGAGAGUCCCGCGACAAGCAGAAUGCAACAAGGAUGAAUAGAAUGGGCCAAGAAAAGAAAUGGUUUACAGAUGAACCAGACAACGCCUACCCCAGGAACAUUCAGAUCAAGCCCAUGAGCACUCACAUGGCCAACCAAGUCAACCAAUACAAAUCCACCAGUAGUCUGAUCCCACCAAUCAGAGAAGUAGAAGAUGAAUGCUGAAGCCCGCCUCCUUGUGGACUGCUCUGUGAUAGCAGCGGACAGCCGUGGUCAGCGCAGGACUGAUGAGCAGGAGGAAGACUGUCAUAUCUCUCCACUAAAGGGACCUCCUCCAAUGUGUAUACCUUUAAUGUUACUUCCAUGCUCGGACAUUGUUUAUUUAUUCUGUAUCCAUAGACAUGUACAUAAUGACAAUCAGUCAACACGGAUUGUACAGCCCCUCUCCCCUAGCACUUUUUGGAAUUAUUUUAGAGUUGACGGAAAAAAAAGUACUUCCUGUAAUUCUCUGCAAUAGUUUGCCUCUGGAUGUGACCAGACUCCAUGCCUAGAGCUGCUAGUGUGUGGAGAAUGAGGGUUACAUUUGUGUUAUCAAUAAUAAUGAUCAUAUCAUAUUUCCCUGUGAGUCAUCCGGAUGUGUCACAUCAAAGCAGCUGGCCUCGUCUACUUCUGUUCAAUUUGCACUAAAAACUGAACACUGCUGACAGAGCAACUGGAACGCCCCAGCCCACUGUCCACUGUCCAAAUACCAGUCUGACCACAGAAGGAGAUGUGCGUGGCAGCGGAGGCUUACUAACCCACCAUCACCUCCUGAGUGUGGCUGCGCUAAAGGAGAGGAGGCUGUGAUGAGUCCAUGAGGCAGGAGGCCUGUCCCUCAUGUGUCCAUGUGUGUGUGUGUGUGAGUUUGAGAGUGUGAAUGAGUGAACAGCAUUACAGUGCCAUCUUCACCGUCGGCUUACAUGAUGCUGCACCAGUCAGACUAGCAUGUGCGCUCCUAUCAAAGCCUUUACAACAAGAAUCUAAUAGUCUAAUAACCAUGUGUUGCAUUUUCUAUCAAACUGAAGCCAACUGCGCCUGAGCUCUGAGCAGCAGCUGUGGACCACAGCUAACGCCUGUGAGUGCUGCCUGGCAUAGUGGGAUCCCCAUGAGUACUAAUAUUACUGAAUGUUUGCGUCUGUCUGCUGGACAGGUCUAAUGCCACAUAUUGCAUAGUGGGCAGAAUGGGCCCUCCUUUGACCGGAGCUCUAGCCUGGCACUGGGCUGGCACAGAGGCAGUAAAGCGCUUGGAUGUUCUCUGUGCUCAGCCCACAGUCCCCUGGCCUCUCUCAGGAGCACGGCUGGUCAGGAGCUCAGAGCAGUUGGCUGAAAAUGCAACACUAUGUGAGACUCCAGUGUGUUCUGACACUGACUCUGAUCCACAUGGAGCUGUGGUCCUCACGUACAUGUGAGAUUUAUGAUAGAAUUAUUUUAUAUCCAUAAGCAUAAUCAAUUUGUACUUAUUUUUAUAGGAACUCAAAGUGUAAUAUGAGAAAAUAUUUAUGAUUCUAUUUAAUUAACAUGUCAUAUCCACAGUGUUCUGUUGGUCACCAGUACUUUUAGUUUGAUGUUACACUCAUGUUGUUGCCCUGUUAACUGGUGUGUCACUCUAAAUCUAAUAAGGCUACAAGGCUUGUAUUGAGUCUGGCAGCUCAGCUCUGGGCAAUGAACUAAUGAAAUGCGCUGCUUUUCCAUAACACGUUUAGUGCUCAGACAGAUGUGUCUCAUUUGGACACUUGGACACAGGCUCCUGGGUUAGACUUGUGAAUGACCUUCUGUUGUGGCCAAUGACCUACAUUAGGUUCUUCAAGUGUUUAACUCCCGUCUCCAGUCUCUGCAGGCCUCUCACACUUUUCAUGUGGAAAGUAGAGAUCCCAUGUGCUCAAUAGUUUAGUGUAAAUCCGCCCAAAGCGUAGACCACUUUACAUUGAACAAAGCUGAGUUUCGUGUGUGUCUGUGGGCUGUGCUGAUACUAGACUCAAGCCUCAUACACAUUGUCCUCAAGUGAACUUUAUAACUGUGAUCCGUCGUCACACUGUAGCAGAAUAGACUUCAUUUCACCAAAUACGUGAUUGAUGAUUAUUACACAAUGAUACAUAUUUGGUACAGCAAAGAACAUUAUACAUAGAAUGAAACACGUGAAAAAUGUUUACAAAAAGAUAAAAAGAAAAAGAAUAAUUGGUAAGCAGCACACCAGAUGAAAUAAGAUCAGGUUUAUUCUCAACAAAGAUGGAAGGUAGCACCAAUUCAGCAAGAGAGAUCUCCCUUAAGUUUCCAAUCGUAACAUUAUUGUUCUGCAGGGUUUACAUUCCAAUUUGUCAGCUCGUCAUAAUCUGUCUCAACUUUUCUCUGUCCUGACUGCUUCUUUGUUUACACAGUAUUCUCAAAGUACUUAAGCAUAGGAAUACUACUAUAUACUUUACAUGCUGCAAAACUAGCACCCUAAGCUAAAUCCAAACGCAUUGUUCACUUCGUAGCGUCGGCUCUAUUUUUCGAAUGCUCCUUGCUUGUUUGUUGUUUGGGUCUUUGCAUUGUAUACCUCUAAAUAUAUUUUUAGAGUUUUUUUUUCUUUGAAGUGCCAUGAAAAGAUGCAUCCUUCAGUCAUUCAGCGACCCAAAUCCUAGUCGUUUUCCACUGUGAAAAACAUGUCGGGUGCUGGUACGGAGAACAUCCAAGCCAUCAAUGCCUCCGUGCCAGCGCCGUGCCAGGCAGAGCCAAGAGGUCAAAUGGAGGGCCCGGCAAGUCCCACUACAGCGAGAAGUGGCAUUAGGAUGAAACAUAUCAAGGUCAGGCAGAGUUACACUGGAUGACUGAACGAUGCGCUGGGAUCAUGUGUUCUUAAAUCAAAGACAGCGUAGCGCUCUACUGUUAUUUUGUUCAUCUGUUUUGCUCUAAAAGAAGGAUUUAACUUAUUUGCUGGGAUAGUAAUGGAAAAUUGUAAACUUAUGGGAUGGGAGGUGGGUAUCAAGUCUUAAUAUAAUGCAUUCAGCAGUUUUAUUUUUAUUUUAUUUUUUUAAGAAUAUCUUUUUUGUGUUGGCUGCUUAUCAGUUAAGUAUAGUUCAGGGCACCGCUUAAACCACAAACAGGAUCUGUCUGCACAGUGUCUCUCACCACAGCAAACUGGAGUUGUGUCAUUGCAGUCAUUAGUUUGGAUGUGUUCAAAAUGCAAUGGAUUCAUGGAUUAUUUGAUGGUGCUGAGUUGAUCUACCUGACUCUGUCAAAUAUAAUCUGCUGAUAAUUAUAUUGUCUUGUACAAAACGUUUGUACAUAGAUUGUACAUGGUUUCUUUUUGUAUUUUCUCAAAUUAAAAUGGAUGUAUUUGUGUUCUAAAA